AUGAAGAGGCAGAAGCUCUUUACUGCACAAGAGGCUUGUGAGCUAAUUUUUAACCAAGCUGUUGAAAAGAACGACCAGGAUGAGGAUGAUUCAUCUUCAGACGAGGAGGAAAAUAAUGAUGAAGAUCAAGCAUAUGGACCACAUGCUAGUUCUUUCUCUGAAGAAUUCCCCACAUCACCCGCUGCAGAAACUGAAGAAGAGUAUGAAGUGAUGGAAAACGAUGAAUAUGAUGAGGAAGAAUCUGAACCUGAAAUGGAAGAAGUAUCAGCUGUGGAAGACUACACUUCUGAUGAAGAGAAAGAAUCAACCGAUGAGGAAGAAUCUGUGGAAGAGGACCCAGCUGAGACAGAGGAAUAUUUCCAGUCAAAGGACGAAAAACUGAUCUGGUGUUCGGUUCCUCCCAGUGACAAACGACGCAUGAUGAAAGUAGAGAGAGACAAAAGCCACUGUGGUCCAACCACAUAUGCAAUUUCUCGUAUUGAUGACAUCAAAUCUACUUUUGCCCUGUUUCUGCCCAAGUCUAUUGAAGAGGUGAUACUGAACAUGACAAACAAGGAGGGGCGUCGUGUGUAUGGCAACAAGUGGAGGAAGAUGGAUCCAAUCGACCUGCAGGCAUAUGUAGGUAUGUUGAUUCUCGCUGGUGUGUACCGCUCCAAUAAGGAAGCUACAGCUAGUUUAUGGCAUGCUGAGUCUGGUAGGACAAUUUUUCGUGCUACCAUGACACUGAAGGUGUUUCAUAAAAUCUCAAGAGUUAUUCGUUUUGAUGACAAAGACACAAGAGAAGAUCGGCGUGCACGAGACAAACUUGCUCCGAUUCGAGAUGUAUGGAACAAGUGGGUGUCUCUUCUGCCAAUGAUGUAUAAUCCAGGCACUGAUGUCACUGUGGAUGAGCGCCUAGUGCCCUUCAGAGGUCGCUGUCCAUUUAAACAGCACAUUCCAUGCAAACCAGGAAAGUAUAGCAUAAAAAUAUGGGCAGCAUGUGAUGCCAGGUCUAGCUAUGCAUGGAACAUGCAAGUAUACACUGGCAAACCUGCUGGUGCACAGUCAGAAAAAAAUCAGGGCAUGCGAGUUGUUCUUGACAUGAUAGAAGGUCUCCAGGGGAAAACAAUAACCUGUGACAACUUCUUCACGUCAUAUGACCUUGGCCUGCAACUACUGAGAAGAAAGCUGUACGUGGUGGGAACAGUACGGAGGAAUAAGCCCGAACUCCCCCCUGCACUGGUGUCAAAAAUGAACAGGGCUCGGUUCUCAUCAAAGUUUGCCUUCACCGAGACCCAUGCUUUGGUGUCCUACCACCCCAGAAAACAGAAAAAUGUUCUUCUGAUGAGCACUCUGCAUCGGGAUGCUGUUUUGAGCACCAGGGAUGACAAAAGGCCAAAAAUCAUUGAAGAUUACAAUCGCAACAAGGGGGGUGUCGAUAACCUUGACAAGGCUACGAGUGUGUACACAUGCAAAAGAAAGACAGCCCGUUGGCCCCUCGUUGUUUUCUACAACAUUCUCGACGUGUCUGUAUACAACUCGUUUGUCUUGUGGUCAGAGAUCAAUCCAGCCUGGAAUCAGGGGAAGUACAACAAGAGGAGACUCUUUCUGGAGGAGCUUGGGCAGCAACUGAAGCCAGCUGGUGCAAUUUUGAGGAAGGCAGUGCUUGAGGACACGGUUUACAAAGAUUACACUGCUGAUGUGAAUGGCUGGGAUAACUUCUACCUUCCAAAGACUGUAAACAUGCAAGUUGUUGCCGUGGUGUAG